AUGUGGCCCCUGGCCCCGGUGAUCGCCUUCCUGACCACGGCCCUGUCAGGCGGCAUCUCUCAGGAAUAUUCCAAGAUUAUCAAUGGCACCAAUGGCACCAAUGGGUUUCUCCCAGGUGGCUACACCUGCGCUCCCCACUCUCAGCCCUGGCAGGCAGCCCUGCUUGUGCAGGGGCGGCUGCUUUGUGGGGCAGUCCUGGUCCACCCCAAAUGGGUCCUGACGGCAGCACACUGUCUGAAGGACGGAUACAGAGUCCACCUGGGCAAGCACGCCCUGGGGCACAGGGAGGCGGGCGAGCAGGUGAGGGACGUGGUCCGCUCUAUCCCCCACCCCCUGUACCAGAGCAGCCCCACCCACCUGAACCACGACCACGACAUCAUGCUCCUGGAGCUGCAGGCCCCGGUGCUGCUCACUAGCCGCAUCCGCACACUGCCUCUCCCGCACAGCGACUGCCUCCCCGCCGGCACCUGCUGCCGGGUGUCCGGCUGGGGCACCACCAUCAGCCCCCGGGUGAGUUUUCCACAAACCCUGCAGUGUGCGAACAUCCAGCUGCGCUCCGAUGAGGAGUGUCGCAACAUCUACCCGGGGAAGAUCACACGCAACAUGCUGUGUGCCGGCACCAAAGAGGGCGGCAAGGACUCCUGUGAGGGCGACUCGGGAGGCCCCCUGGUCUGUAACGGAGUGCUCCAUGGUAUCAUCUCCUGGGGAGACUUCCCAUGCGGGCAGCCCAACCGGCCUGGCGUCUACACCCGAGUCUCUCAGUAUGUUUCAUGGAUUCAAGAAACGAUCCGAGAACAGAAAACUCAGGAGCAGAAAUGGACGAAGGGCCCACAAUAA